CUCAAAGCCCUCCUCCUGUCCUCUGUUACUGCUCUCAGUGAACCUUCAAAUUUCUCUCCACACAAUUCAUUCCGUCGUCUACAGCAAGCUUAAUUCUCUCGAUUUCCAUGGAUUCCUGCAUCAUUUCGUCUUGUGGUUCAGCUUCUCCAUUCGACUGCCUUUUAUUUGAUUUGGAUGAUACUUUGUACUCUUCAAAGUCUGGAAUCGGCCAAGCGCUUAAAAGGAAUGUUCAAGAUUUCCUUAUUGAGAAAUGCGGAAUUUCGGAAUCGGAAGCACCAGACGUGAACAGGAAGCUUUUCACAACUUACGGAAGCUCCUUGGCUGGCCUUCGGGCGUUGGGUAACGACAUUGAUCCUGACGAUUAUCACGGUUUCGUACACGGAAGAUUGCCUUAUGAUUUGAUACGACCAGAUUCGCGGCUACGCAACGUCUUGCAAUCAAUCAAGCAACGGAAAAUCAUUUUCACAAAUUCCGACCGUAUUCACGCCAUGAAAGCUUUGGAUCGCCUCGGAAUCCGAGACUGCUUCGAGCAAAUCAUCUGCUUCGAGACUAUGAAUCCGCACCUGAAGAACUCGCGGCCUGAUGAAUUCCCUGUCGUCCUGAAACCUUCGCUCCAAGCAAUGAAAAUCGCCAUAGAUGCUGCUGAGAUUGAUCCACGGCGCACGCUGUUUCUAGACGACAACGUGAAGAACGUUGCCGCUGGGAAAGCGGUAGGCCUCCAGACGGUUCUGGUCGGAAGUUCAAUCAAAAGCAAAGAAGCAGAUUACGCUCUGGAAACAGUAACAAACAUGGUGCAAACAAUUCCAGAAAUCUGGCUAACGGAAAAGGACGAUCAAAGGAUUACUCGCACCAAAAGCGAUCUGGACACGAUUCUCUCUACAACCACCGUCGGUGCAUAGACCGUCGUCUACUGUUCAUCGGUAAUGUACAUUUAUGUAUAUUAACUCUGUACUCUCUGGCCUCUUCUGCUGUUUAUAUGUUGUUCUUCUUCUCUUGCACAAAAAUAAUGGAGUAUCAAUAAUAACACGCCCGUGUUCUUUUAUUUA